UGUUCGAUCCAUCCCCAAAUCCUCCUGUCUAGUUUGACCAAAUUGAGUUCUUCCCAAUCUCCCAGAAUUCGAUUGCGCUUGGCAUUUGAGGUCUCAGACCGGCGGCAGCCGGCGGCGGAAUACGGGAGUAGCAGCGGCGUAGAGGCUCCCUGGAGUUGCGUUGGCUGCAUCCAGUGGUUGCCGCGGUGGCUUCAUCUUAAUUGCGUGGAGCGGCGGAGGUUCGUCUUCGUCGGCGUCAGCGUCAGCGCGGCAGCCUACUGUGUCUUCCUCGUCGUGGGGGAAGGCAUCCAGCGGCAUAGAUUCGUCUUGCUCGGCGUUGUGGCAGCGCCGCCCAGCUCGCCGACGGGCGACGGCAGGAUCUCCCUUAGGCUGUUGUACGUUCUGCUCAAUAGGGAACGUCAUGGCGAUGGCUAUGCAGCAAGCUCACCAUAUGCCUACUGUCCUCCCUUCUUUCUAACCACAGUUUAGCGCUUGGGCUGUGCUGUUCCGUGAAGGCCUCAUUUUGGGCAUCCAUGGGGUUCCUCAGCCUUGUGGGCAACUCGUUUGGAUGCUCGGCUUCCGGUGAGCGCCUCGUCUCAGCUGCCCGGGAUGGCGACCUGCAGGAGGCUCGUGCGCUCCUCGAGUACAACCCUCGUCUAGCAAGGUACUCCACAUUCGGCGGCCGCAACUCGCCGCUGCACUAUGCCGCGGCACAGGGUCACCAUGAGAUUGUUUCUCUGUUGCUUGAGUCCGGUGUCGAGAUCAAUCUCAGGAAUUAUGGGGGGCAGACUGCUUUGAUGCAAGCCUGCCAAUAUGGCCACUGGGAGGUUGUUCAAACACUGAUGCUGUUCAAUGCGAACACCCACAGGACAGAUUAUCUGAAUGGCGGAACUGCUCUCCAUUUUGCUGCACUGCAUGGUCAUGCCCAAUGCCUUCGUCUUGUGCUUGCAGAUUAUGUACCAAGCAUACCAAACUUCUUAAACCUGAUGAAUGAUAGAUCAUCCGAAGAAGUUACAGAUGCUGUUUUUGAUGAUGAGUAUGUCAGUGAUUUGGUCAAGAUGGUAAACUGGAAGGCAGAUGGAGGCCUAACUCCACUUCAUAUGGCAGCGUUAAAUGGCCAUGUGGAGUGUGUACAAUUGUUACUGGACCUUGGAGCAUGUGUUUCUGAGGUCACAAUUGAAGAUGGAACAACUAUGGACUUGAUAGGAUCAGGUAGCACCCCACUUCAUUAUGCUGCUUGUGGUGGAAAUGCUGUCUGCUGUCAACUUCUUAUUGCUAGAGGAGCCAACCUUGCUGCGCAAAAUGCUAGCGGCUUGACCCCAUUAAUGGUAGCUCAUUCAUGGCAUAGAAACUCUCUCGAGGAAAUUCUAAGCAAUGAACCAGAGGGUCGACUACACACUCUUCCUUCUCCCUAUCUGUGCCUCCCACUUAUGAGUAUCAUGAGCAUUGCCAGGGAGUGUGGCUGGAGGUAUCGGAACCAGUCACCUGUCUGUAUUGACCCAUGUGCUGUCUGCUUAGAAGGGAGGUGCUCUGUUGCUGCAGAAGGAUGCAAACAUGAAUUCUGCACAAGAUGUGCUCUAUACCUUUGCUCAACCAGCUACACAUCAGUGAACCCCGCAGGCGCCAUACCGUGCCCUCUCUGCAGACAUCCUAUCAUCGCUUUCGCCGCGCUUCCCGGCACAAGCCCAAUAAGAGAGCUUCCAAGAAACAGCCUCUCGUUAUCAUUGUGCACGACAUGCCCCGCAGUGAACUCCGAUUCUUCUGCGGCCUCAGUACCCAGCCAUCUGUAUCGGACGGAGUUCCAUUGUGCACGUAUGCCACCUAUGGGCUCAUCAUCCUUCCGCUCCCUGAGCUGCCAGAGACUGAAUCCAUCAUUCUGUAUGGGUACCAUGGAUACAAAUCCCUGCCUCAUAAGAUGCUCAAGGUUCGGAUCCAUCCUGAGCCGAUCAGCGUCCCAUGGGGAGACCAACAGGAGGCCAUGGCCUCUGACAUUUAGCCCCAUUGUUGCUACUACUAGCUAAUGGAAAACCACAUUUUCCUCAUUUUUGCGCCCUUUUCAGAUGGUGGUCUGUUUUGCCUAUCCUUUGGGUUGCCUGUUUUAAUUUAUUUAUUUUGUGCGAUCUUGCCUGCCUCAACCCCCUGUUGAUAUCAGCAGCAGCAUGCAACUACUCCUACAUCGGUUUGCCUUGUAAAUAACCUUGUGUUGUACUUUUGCUGUGCAUUUUUUGGGUAUGAGAGUCACUACAUUUUUAAUGCAUCGCCGGAGCAAACGCUUUUGUUUGAA